AAGGGGCCCGGGAGUGCGCAGCCGCGCAGAGCACCGCAGCCUGGCCCUGUAGCUCAGGCUCUGCGCAUUUGCCAGCCAGUCCGCCUGCCCGGAGCCCGGCUCGCGAGGGCAGCAUGGCGGGAUCGCCACUGCUCGGCGGGCCGAGGGCCGGGGGCGUCGGCCUUUUGAUGCUGCUCCUGUUAGGAUUACUUCGGCCUCCCGUGGCUGUCUGCGCACGGCCGGUAAAGGAGCCCCGACACCUGGGCGCAGCCUCGCCGCCCUUGGGGGAGGCUGGCGCUCCCCGCCGCUUUCGGCGGGCAGCGGCCCGGGGCGAGGCAGUGGAGGUCGUGCAGGAGCUGGCGCGGGCGCUGGCGCACCUGCUGGAGGCCGAACGGCAGGAGCGAGCGCGUGCCGAGGCGCAGGAGGCCGAGGAUCAGCAGGCACGAGUACUGGCGCAGCUCUUGCGCGUCUGGGGCGCUUCUCGCACUACCGACCUGGCCCCGGCCCUGGAGGACGAUCCUGACGCGCCCGCUGCGCAGUUGGCCCGCGCCCUGCUCCGCGCCCGCCUGGAUCCUGCAGCCCUCGCAGCACAGCUGGUUCCCGCCCCUGUCCCCGCCACUGCACUCCGACCCAGGCCCCCAAUCUAUGACGAUGGUCCAGUGGGCUCCGAGGCCGAGGAUGCCGGUGACGACACACCAGAUGUGGACCCCGAACUGCUAAGGUACUUGUUGGGUCGGAUCCUUACGGGAAGCGCGGAUUCAGAGUCUGUGGUUGCCCAGCGCCGCCGCCUCCGCCGCGCCGCCGACCAGGAUCUGGGUCCUGAUGUACCCCCUGAGGGUGUGCUGGGGGCCCUGCUGCGCGUGAAACGCCUGGAGACCCCCGCACCCCCAGCACGCCGCCUCUUGCCUCCCUGAGCACCGGCGGGAUCCUGCGCGCCCUUGGGUCCGGAGCCGCCCCUCCCCCACCACCCCGACUGCUCUUCGCCGGCAAGACUGUGCCCCCGCCGGCGAGGGCCCAUUGUCGCCCCUCUCCUGACACCCCCGCUGCUCUUGGUCGGCACGUCCCCACCAGCCUCAGUUGCUGCCCUAGGAACUCCCCAAGAUCCCAACCCCUGGCCCCACAAUAAAUGUUCUGAAGCAGCU